AUGGCAAUGGACAAGAACAAGGUUGAAGAGGAAGCUAUUAUUAAUCGCUUCUACAAAAUUGUGCUGAGUUGGGAUUACUUUCGCCUGCUCAAAGAAUCUGAAAAGGUGAAAAGCAAUUCGGCUGAUUGGAGUAGUCUGGGCUUGAACGAAGUGAAGAACACGUAUAAGGAUGCGGAAGAUUACAUUAACACAUUUGAGCCUCUGCUUUUUGAAGAGGUUAAAGCUCAGAUUAUCCAACGAAAAGACGAGGAAGAGGCAACCGAAUGGGUGCUAGGGAUCAUAGCAGAAUGCGGAGAGGUCAAUGGAUUUUGCCAACCACUGGUCAUGUAUGACAGUAACGAAUCCAUUGCACAAAACGAUUUAUUACUGUUAUCAAAGGAGAAGUUUGGAGAGAAUAAGAAACUCCCAACGGCAUACGCCUUUGCUCUUGUUGAGCAUCGCCAACAAGAUAAAAUUAGACUUAGGAUGAAUCUGAGUGGAGAAUACAAAGGACUGAACACAGAUGAUGUCGAAUCCUGCCAAAGGCUACUGAAUAUGCACCCUCUGGUUACUGAUGUGAAGGGAUAUAUACAUUUUAAGAAGGUUAGUAGUUUGUCUACAAUAGUCCGAGAAUAUGUUGCUCUGAGGUCAGUUAGCUCUCUUCCAUUCAGGGAUUUGAUACUAACAGCAACUGACAACAACGAUGAUGCUGAAGAUCGAGCGUGGAAAAUAUCUAGACCUCUUAAGGAGUUUAUUGAGAGCAAUCACAAUGCUUCACAAAUUGAAGCCAUAAAUGCUGGGCUUUCACGUAGAAAAUUUGUUCUGAUACAGGGUCCCCCUGGAACUGGAAAAACACAAACUAUUCUUGGGCUUCUUAGUGCCGUUCUACAUGCUACUCCAGCUAGAAUACACUCUGACAGAGAAAAACUGGGUGGAGUAAAGCGUCGUCCUGAACUUACACCGCAGGAGAAAUACUAUCAUUGGCUUAAAGCUUGUCCAUGGUUAACCGGUAUCAAUCCUAGAGAUAGGUUGAUGCCUAUGGAUGGUGACAAUGGCUUUUUCCCCACAACUGGCAAUGAGUUGGUAUGUUUUAGUUUUCCUUUUGGUACUGUUGGGUUGGGGAUCCAUUGUCUAACACAAGUAUUAUACAGAAACCAGAGAUGGUUAAUUCCAAUCGGAAGUAUCGUGUUCGUGUUCUGGUAUGUGCUCCGUCAAAUUCUGCCCUUGAUGAGAUUGUUUCUCGAGUUUAUUAUUCUGGCAUUCGUGAUGAAAAUGACCGUAGCUACCAUCCGAAAAUAG